GUGGGACACUUCCGGCGCGUCCUUGCAUAUUGCAAUUCGAUAGACGAGGCGCUUCUCUUCAAGAGCGAGGUGGUGAAGUUUGGACUGGUUGCCUGGCACAUUAACGGCGAGACUCCACGCGCGGAGCGCCAGCGAGUGUUGAAAGCAUUCUCGGGCCCCCUUCAGGGCCCUGCCCACGUGCUCGUGACGGUGCAGGUUCUCGGCGAGGGGAUUAACAUCAAGAACGCCGACACGUGCUUGUUCGUGCAGCCCCGGCGCAGCUACGUCAGCAUUGUGCAAGCCAUGGGCCGAGUCCUCAGACCACACCCCAGCAAGCCGCUGGCGCAUGUUAUCCUCCCAGCAGUAACGCCCCACUACAGUGGCCAGGACCAGCCGCUCGGCACCCAGGACGCGCACGAGGAAGCCCAUGGUGACCCCACAGAAGCAGAGGCCGAGGCGCUCGGCAACCCUCCGUCUGUGGGCACCGCUGUGUCCAAGUCGACGCCUUCAGUCACCAGCUCUAUUCGCCGUGCCGCGAGCACCAGGCACUCGGCGCUGUCCAGCGCGCCUCUACUGCCGCCAUACUUGACAGGUGAGAGGCGGCUUCGUGCGGAGCCAGGCAGCGUGGAAAAGGCGCGUGACAGCCUGCAGGCGCACGGCAGGUUGCCGACAAGGGGCAAGGUCGCCGACGAGGAAGAGUUGAGGCUAGCCAAGUGGCUCGACAAUCAAGCCACAUUCGUCAGAUCCCAGCGCCUGGCAGAGGAACGCGAGACGGCACUGAGGGGCGUCCACACCUUGGUCAGCGAGAGGUUGACGGGGGAGCGGCUGCUGCAGGACUGGCAGUCCUGGUUGCAGCAGUUGGGCGUGUUCCUGGAGGCGCACGGCAGGUUGCCGACAGAGCGCACGGUCGCCGACGAGGAAGAGUUGAGGCUAGCCAAGUGGCUCAACAAGCAAGCCACACUUGUCAGAUCCCAGCGCCUGGCAGAGGACCGCGAGGCAGCCCUGAGGGGCGCCCACACCUUAGUCAGCGAGAGGUUGACGGGGGAGCGGCUGCGGCAGGACUGGCAGUCCUGGCUGCAGCAGUUGGGCGUGUUCCUGGAUACGCACGGCAGGUUGCCAACAGAGCGCACGGUCGCCGACGAGGAAGAGCGCAGGCUAGCCAAUUGGCUCAAACGUCAAGCCACACUCGUCAGAUCCCAGCGCCUGGCAGAGGACCGCGAGGCAGCCCUGAGGGGCGUCCACACCUUGGUCAGCGAGAAGUUGACGGGGGAGCGGCUGCAGCGGGACUGGCAGUCCUGGCUGCAGCAGUUGGAGGAGUUCCUGGAGGCGCACGGCAGGUUGCCGACAAGGGGCAAGGUCGCCGACGAGGAAGAGCGCAGGCUAGCCAAGUGGCUCGACAAUCAAGCCACAUUCGUCAGAUCCCAGCGCCUGGCAGAGGACCGCGAGGCAGCCCUGAGGGGCGCCCACACCUUAGUCAGCGAGAGGUUGACGGGGGAGCGGCUGCGGCAGGACUGGCAGUCCUGGCUGCAGCAGUUGGGCGUGUUCCUGGAUACGCACGGCAGGUUGCCAACAGAGCGCACGGUCGCCGACGAGGAAGAGCGCAGGCUAGCCAAUUGGCUCAAACGUCAAGCCACACUCGUCAGAUCCCAGCGCCUGGCAGAGGACCGCGAGGCAGCCCUGAGGGGCGUCCACACCUUGGUCUGCGAGAAGUUGUCGGGAGCGCGGCGGUACUGA